AUGGAGAAGCUGUCAUCAGCUGCCGUUGUUCCUCAGCUCCUCCGCAACAUCAUUAUCGCCGUCGUCGUUUUCGCCGACGAAUCUCUCCUCCAAUUCUCCGGGAAUUCGAAGCUCCUCGAGAAACUCCGUCUAUUUCUCGUCGCCUGUUUUCUCUUCUUUUUACGCUCGCUUCCUUCAGUUGUCCCCUUCGCAAACCCUACCACGACGAGAGGCUUCAAAUUCACGGCGGAGAAGAAGCUCGAGAUCAGCGAUUGCGCGUCGGAAUCGGGAAUCGGUCGAGCGAUCUGGCAGUUACUGUCGACUAUGAAUGAAAUCCCGGUGAAUUCUAGAAAGUACGAAGUCGUUCGGUCGUUGGCGGAGAGACUAAUCGACGAGAAUCACGGAGAAAACUCAACCGCCUUGUUCGAUUUGAAUCGCAGGGUUUUGAACGCGUCGUUUCGUAGAACGCUAAGCCGGUUAGAGGCGGCGGUUGAGCGUAACCGGAAAGAUACAGGUGAACCGGUACGUCGUGGAUUAAACCGGGUGGUGAGAGCUGCGGUUAGAGCCGUUGGAGAUGGAUUCGCCGGUUGGGGUGGAGAAGAGGCGGCGGAUCAGUCAGCGGAAACGGCGGAGAAACUGGCGGCGGAGCUGCUUUGGUUGGCGGAGAAGAUGGCGGAAUAUGGAUUCGUCGAUGAAGCCGUUGAGAAAUGGGCCUCGGCUUCUAACAUGGCUUGGCUCGCUCUUUGGUCUGAACCGAGGCUUCAGUGUUCCAUGGUCCAAAUUUCUGCCUUGUUGUUCAAAGAAGCCAAGGACAUUGGAAAAAGAGGAGAAGAAGAAGAAGAAGAGGGGGAGAAAUGGAGAGAGAUAAAGAAGAAGAUGCUUACAUCGUGGAUUCCGUUGCUGUGUCGGGCCAGCAACGGAGCGGAGAAACCGGUGUUGAGAAGCGGCGAACGAGCCGAGCUAGAGAAAGUGUUGGAGCAGAUGAUAUCAGAACUGAAAGAAGAGGAACAAGAAGAUGUUCUCUCACUUUGGCUUCACCAUUACACAAGCUGCGCUUCCUCUGACUGGCCUGACCUCAACGGCUCUUAUGUUCGUUGGUGCGAUUCUUCUCGCCAGCUUUUGCGCUUGCAUUGUGAUCCCAAAAACAAAGCCUAA